AAGCAACGACACAUCGUCAUCACUGCCCACCUGAGGCUCCUAUAAAAGGGGCUGCCAGCGCACCGCUCGCCUCAUUCCGCCUCCCGUUCUCGCGCUGCUCGCAGUACCACUUUUGCUCAGCGCCGAGCCUGUUCCGAUCGCGCAUACAACUUGAUCAAUUCAGUGCCGACCGUGGAAAGCAUGAUGUCGACAGCUGUGGAAGACCCGCAGCCCAUCUCCAGAACCUACCAGUACCGGAAGGUGAUGAAACCGAUGCUGGAGCGAAAGAGGCGAGCUCGCAUCAACCGGUGUUUGGACGAGCUGAAGGAGCUGAUGGUGACCGCUCUGCAAAGUGAGGGUGAAAAUGUGUCCAAGUUGGAGAAGGCCGAUAUUCUGGAGCUGACAGUGCGCCACCUUCACAAGCUCAGGCGCCAGCAGCGCCUCAGCUACAACCCUGUGGUCGAUGCAGACCGGUUCCGCGCUGGAUACACGCACUGCGCCAACGAAGUUUCCAGAUGUCUGGCUGGCACGCCGGGAGUUGAUGUGCAUUUGGGCACCAAACUCAUGACCCAUCUGGGCCAUCGGCUCAACGAAAUGGAUAAAGUGUCGCCUCUAGUGAUCAAUGUGCCCAGCCCCUACACUCCUCCCGGUUCUCCAAGCUUGGAGGCUGCUAGCAGCUCCACCGCAUCGUACGCUUUGCCUCUAACUCCCGCCUCUUCGACGAGCUCCUCCAGACACACUCCGUCGCCAGUCCAGCCGAUCGACUGUACCACCACUGGGCUGUUGAAAGUGGCGCUCCAAGAAGAGAAAAUGUGGCGGCCCUGGUAAUUGCCAUUGACUGACUUCGAUUUGUUGUUAUUUUUCAGGUUUUGCCCGAGCAAAACUUCGCUAAAGUACGACUCUCUGAUCGAUAGGUAUACAUUAUACGUUUGCUCAAUUCCCUAGUUCUAAGAAACAUGCAUCUCCUUCGGGAGUGUCGAAAGCUUUAAACCUAGUUCGUAAGGAAAUGUAGAUUCUUUUAUUUGUUAUGACAUAACUGUUUUCUUGUUUAAUACCAUUGUGAUAUGCCUACCUAGAGUUGGUACCUGUGAUUUUGCGAAAAAUGUGCCAAAACACGCAUUUUUUCGCAAUGGCAUGAAAAUGUAUUGCGAGCGCUUGACUGUGAUACACGUGUGGAAUUUUUGAUGUUUUGCAUUACUUUUGAUAAUAAAAUAUGACUGUUGAAUCCUA